AUGAUCCGUUACUGCAGAAUGCAGAACAACACACUGGCCAUGGCAAGUCCUUCUACUGAACUCGAGUCACAGGCAGCGCCUGAUGUAAUAGUGGAAAGAAGUCUGGUCGUCUUUUGUGGAAAGUUUGAGUGUUUGUUCCCAGGCGCAGAUGUGUGCCCAAUACAGUUCGCAGUGGAUGUCGAUCGCCGUUGCAACAGUGACAAUGUGCAGCGCUUGGAAGUGAUCAACGCCUUUGUGGACCACAUCGCCACCCCACCUCAUUUGGUCAACUUGUCGGCCCCAGACUACACCAUCGUCGUACAGGUGGUCCGAAAUGCCUGUGGUGCUUCCAUCGUCGAGGGCUACCACGAGUUGUGCAAAUGCAACGUGCGGCAAUGCAGCGCAAAGGGCCGAGGGGAGGACCCAGGGAAGGAAGCCAGUGGGGCUGUGGUGGGAACAAAGAGGAAAGCACAGGAUGGAGAUGGUCGAGAGGGCACUGAAAAGAGAAGGUCCUCGGGGGGCAAGGAAGGUACACGCCAACCAUCGAUGACAUUGGAUGGGGACCAGUGCACAGCUGGGGAGGGUGCAGAAAAGGAAGGAGUUGAGGAAUGCAAAUAUGGGGCUGGCAGGGAUGUUCAAGGGCAGGGCGUUGAGGAAGGAGAGGAAUGUGGGGCAGGCUUGGGAGGGAGUAGCACAGUGUCGGCAUAG